AGCAUUACAGAUGGUGAAAUUAUUCGAAUGCCUGUACAAUAGGAUGCUCGUUGCUAUGGUUCCGUUGAUAACUGGCUCUUUCUCAUGCAAACUGAUGGUGGAUGCUCACUGGUGAACCCUUUCACCAGAGCCACUGUGGAACUUCCUAACCUAGCCACUGUUUGGUAUCAUGACCCAUCCAAUGCAACUUCUGGACUUAAUCCGAUUCUCUAUAAGACAGUGGUCCUUUCACCCUUGGACUCAUCACCGGAUUCACUUGUUGCUGUGCUGAUCUUGGAUGAUGGUCAUUGCAGUACAGUAUGCAUUUGCCAGCCCCCAAUUGCUACUGUCGUGUCCAGUGCGAGGGCCACAUGGCCCUUACAGGUCUUUGAUGAUGUCACAUUCUUCAACGGGAAGCUCCAUGGUCUCGCUUCUUGUGACAAACUCUUCGUCUUUGAUAUUGAUUCUGAGCUCAGCGAUCCGCCAAAGAUCUCAUCCAUCAAAUGCAUAAUUGGCUACGGGGUUGGUUUACAGGACUUGCCCCAAUCCGAAUCUAGAGCAAAGGUGCAUAUAAAGAAGGAAUAUCUAGUUGAAUGUUGUGGAAGACUGUUGAGGGUGAGACGAUUUCUUCAGAGUGACCAUCCUGGCCAAGCAGGUCGUUACUUGAAGCAUCAUCGUACUGUUGCAUUUGAUGUCUUUGAGGCAGGAUUGAGCACUAACUCACAUCGCUGGAGAAAGGUCAAUAAUUUGGGUGGCCAAGUGCUUUUUGUUGGUCGUCAUUGCUCCAAGUCUUUCCCAGCUGUAGAGUACAACAGAAUUCAAGGGGAUUGCAUAUAUUUCAUGUGUGACUACUAUCCUACCCUAGAUCCUCUUCGUGACUCCGGCAUGUACAACAUGAGAACUGGGAUGAUUACACCGUUGUUGUCAGAGACCGUGGCAGUGCCGCAGCGUCAUGGUGGAAAGUGGUGCCCAGCAUGGAUCUUCCCUGCGGAUUCUAUGUAAUCCACCCAGCUUCCUUUGCUCCGUGCCUUUAGAUUAUGUAGGUGUACUCUUAAAUAUUGCCUGAUGCCUGCUUAUCGGUGUCAUAUUGAUGUGUUGAACCAUAUUAAUUAGUAUUAGCUACUCUCCAGGACUCAAGAACUAAUGUAUUUUGUACACGAGCUAUAUGUGAUGCUAGCAUUUCUAUGUACCAAUUGGAUCUUCUUCUGUUCACCUGUGCCAAUACUGCAGCAAAGGAGGAGCAUUUCACUUCACAAAUGAUCUGUCAGUAUUGCUCAUCCAGGAUCUUGUGGAGCUCCCAUUUCUCUCUUGUUAUCCUUGGCUUUGUGCUUGGAUGCUCCUAUUUCCGC